AUGACCUCCACUUGGUUGAAUAUAUGGCAGACAGUGCUAAUUAACAGGAGUAGCCGGCCAAUUUUGCAAGAUAACGAAUAUAAUAUCUACAUCAAAGACAACGUUGGUUUAUAUCAAGGUAGAUCAAAAAUACUAAAUCACCAAAAUGGGAGGAUUUAUUUAACCAAUAAAAGGUUGAUUUAUUUUGAUAAUGAUAAUGUUAAGAAUUGUAUUGCCGUUGAAUUGUCAUUGUUUAAGAAAGCAAAUCUCGUGGUUGGAUAUUUCAGAAGAUCGCCAAAGGUGACACUUUACAUCAAGACGGGCACAACAACAACAACAGCAGGUGAUGGUGAAACAGAAGAAAACAAUUUGUCCAAUGUAGUUACUACACUUGAUUGGGCUUGUAAGAUAUGUUCAUUUAACAAUCACAUCCUUUCUAAUUUCAAGAUUGACGAAGAGGAACUACCGAAAUGUACGUCCUGCGGUAUUCGACCUUCAAAAGCAUUUCUUACAAGCAUCCUAAAAGACGGAAAUAAACCGAAAGAAAUAGAACUAACACCAGAAUCAAUGACUCCCGAGCCUCAACCAAUGACCACUUCUAGUGAUCAAUGCCCCAAAUGUACUUUUAUAAACCAUCCAGCAUUGAAUUUUUGUGAAAUGUGUGGUACUGAACUUAAACAGCCUAAUUCAAGCCGAGGAUUCACAGUGAAGAAUAUCACAGGAAGUUUGAGUAAUGUCUCAAUUAACUCUAAUCCAUUGAAUUUAAAAUUAGAAAGUGGUGAAGAAACGUAUACGAAUAACCAACCAUAUAUUAAGAUAAGUUUUAGAAAAGGUGGCGAGGGUAAGUUCUACGAGGAGGUUGGUAAAAUAUUGGAUGAUAUAAAAUGGAAGGAGUUGGAAGAAAGAGGUGGAAUUAAUAAAAAUGCAAUUAAAUUGGCCACUCCGGAUCCCAAGCCUGAACUACCUAAAAAGACAGGAGGCGCUGGUAUUCAUGCUUUAGAACAGCUUGAAGAGUUACAAAGAAAACAGAAUGAAAUUAUUUUGUCGUCUUCGUUAGAUGAUUUGGAACAGUUGAUGUUUAAAUAUCAAGAUUUAAUUAAAUUGUCUACCUCAUUCAACAAGUUGGUUAAACAACAACCAGCAAGUAUCACCAAACCAGUCAUUCCUGCGUUAAAUAUCAAAAAGACCUCCUCAUUAUAUCAUCAGGAAUUGAGUCGACAUAUAAGUGAAUUUGCCAUUAACUAUAGGUUGACGCAAAAGACAUCCAUGGUUUCAUCGCAAGAUUUAUUUGCGGAGUAUAAUCGAUUUCUCAUUAAAAACCAAGGAUUCGGCAGCGAGCUUAUAACAAGUUCUGAUUUUCAAAAAGCAAUUGAUUUAUUUAAUGCUUUAAAUUUACCAAUUAUUGUGAAGAAAUAUGUUAAAUCAGAUAUUUUUGUUGUCUCGCCACGACGAAACACCAACACAUACGGUGAAUACAUUGUUGACUAUCUUAAGAAUCAAGAGUAUGAGUAUAAGCUUAUGAAAUUAAGGCAAGAGAUGAUUGAAGAAUCCGAUAUGGAGGACGCAUUAUACAAUGCGGUGAAUUACGGGAAGACCAUAUCCGAAAUAUCAAACCAGUUCAAUUGGUCCUAUAAUAUAACAAUUGAAGAGUUAGAUAAAUGUGUUGAAGAAGGAUUGAUUGUAAUCGACCAUCAUAUAUCUGGUACUUUCUACUACAUCAACAAGUUUGUAUUUACUGAUUCGGAAUGGGAUGAUUCCAGAACGAUUCAGGAAAUGAAAGACUUGAUAACAAAAGAACAGUUGGAAAUAACUAAUACCAUCAAAGAUGAGUAUUAUAAACAGAACCAAGACAAUUUAGUGGACUUGAAUCCUGAUUAUAAGUUUUUCAGUGAAUCAGUAGAUCCAGUAGAUGAAUGUAAAGGACAAGAAAAGAAUAACGAUGAUGCGGAAAGUUUAGUUACAACAAAUAUGUCAGAAACCACAUCACAAUCAUUGAAUGAUUUAGUGGGGUUAAGGUUUUAG